UGGCUUUCCUUCUCUCACACUUUUUUCUCCUUUUUCCUCUCUAUCUAGCUAAUGUUAGUGGUUCUCUUCCCCUUAUCAUUUUCUUUCCCUUCCCCAUAUAUCUCACAAGGGCUUUGUGCCUAAGAUUUCCCUCAGGGUUUUUUUCAAGUUAACAGCUAAACAAGAGUAGAAGGUUCAGUAGCAUGUUGGGAGAUGGAUAGAGAAACUAACAACCAAGAAAAUCCAUCUCUCCUACCCAAUAAUAAUACUAAAGAAGAAUCUCCUAGGAAACUUCACGGUGGCUCAGGUGGCGGUAGCAGUAACGACAGGCUAAAGCGGGAUGAGUGGAGUGAAGGGGCAGUUUCAUGCUUACUUGAGGCCUACGAAAGCAAAUGGGUGCUCCGGAACCGAGCCAAGCUCAAGGGCCAGGAUUGGGAGGAGGUGGCACGGUACGUAUCGGCGCGUGUAAAUUGCACGAGAUCUCCCAAGACUCAAACUCAAUGUAAGAACAAGAUCGAAUCCAUGAAGAAACGGUAUCGUUCGGAAUCCGCCACCGCUGAUGGAUCAUCUUGGCCUCUGUACUCACGGCUUGAUCUUUUACUACGUGGCAGUGCCCCACCACCACCGCAGCCACAGCCGCCACAAAUAGUUAUGCUUCCAUCCUCUACUAACCCUCCUCCUUUGAUAAUACUAGAACCAUCACCAACCGUUCAGCCACAACCACCACCAGCGGCCCCGCAGAUUCUUGGGACGGCACCAAAUUCACAUGGGUCUAACGGUAUUGAUAGAGGACCAGCCAAGGAUGACGGAACAGGAACAAAAUUAUCGAACCAUUUAUCUGACAAAAUCGCCAUUGACACAGAUAGUAGCACACCUGCACUUUAUAGCGAGAAGGAAAAGCUGACAUCGAAGAAGUUGAAGACGAAAAGCAAGCGUCGGAAAAAGGAAGACUGGGAGAUAGCGGAGAGCAUACGGUGGCUAGCGGAGGCAGUGUUGAAAUCGGAGCAAGCGAGAAUAGAGACAAUGAGGGAAAUAGAGAGAAUGAGAGUGGAAGCAGAAGCCAAGAGAGGAGAAAUGGAGGUGAAGAGGACUGAGAUCAUUGCCAAUACACAAUUGGAAAUUGCUAGGCUCUUUGCAGGGGUCAGUAGUAAAGGCAAUAUUGAUCCUUCCUUAAGGAUUGGGAGAAGUUGAGGGAUUAAUUUAAGUUAAUAAAAAUAUUAUGAGUAUGUAUAGCUAGAUAGAUUAAUUCUGUCUCUUGACAUUUAAAGAAGAGGCAAACCAAUUAUUAUUAUUAUUAUUAUUAUUUAUGUUGAUUGCACAACGGGAGAGAACCCUCUUUCAUCCUUUAUCCUAUUUUAUCCGCAUGUCAUGCCACUU